AUUUCAGUUUUAGUGAGUGGGUCGAAUACUGUUAUAAUUCGCCAGAGAAAGAACAUUAGUACAAAAAAUCCAUUUGAUAACUGCCAAAUCCGACACGCGUUUUACCACCCCACACGAAAAGAGCAAAACCAUAAAGAGAAGAAGUGGGCGGCCGCCCUCGCUCCGCCCCCGCGUCGUGACGCAAACGGGCGGCGUCGCGCGCCAGCGUCUCGAAUCUGGGUCAGCUCAAUGUCACCUCCGUAGCUGGAAUCCAGACUUCCAGUGAGUCCAGACGGCGUCCAAGAGCUGAACUCCGCCAUGGCCUCCAACACUUCCAACUAUAAACUCGGUGCCUCCACUGCCAAUCUACAUUAUAAUGACAUCCUUCCAUAUAAUUCUGAGGAUCCGCCACUGGCCAGGGAACUGCUACACAAGGCAGUCAGUGGCUUGCCAAAUUUUUUUAAAGACAAAGUGCCUACAAACCUCCUACCUUACAAGACCGAAAAUGAGGCUCAAACGCGGGAAUUUCUGCAAAAGGUGGUCGAAAUCCUGCUGGAUUUUGUCAAGGCCACCAACGAUCGUAACGAGAAAAUCCUGGAUUUCCACCAUCCGGAGGAAAUGCAGAAGCUCUUGGACCUGCGGGUCCCCGACCACGGAGUGUCUCUGCAACAACUGAUUAAUGAUUGCGCCACCACUCUGAAGUAUCAAGUUAAAACCGGUCACCCGAGAUUCUUCAACCAACUGUCCUGCGGCUUAGACCUGGUGUCUUUGGCAGGCGAAUGGCUGACAGCCACUGCCAACACCAACAUGUUCACUUACGAGAUCGCCCCCGUGUUCAUCCUCAUGGAGAACGUGGUGAUGACCCACAUGCGCGAGAUCAUCGGCAACGGUUGGCGGGAUGGAGACUCCAUUUUAGCCCCAGGCGGGUCGAUUUCGAAUCUUUAUGCCUUUUUGGCUGCACGGCAUAAAAUGUACCCGAACUAUAAGGAAAAGGGGAUAGCAACCAUUCAGGGACAAUUGGUGAUGUUUACCUCGGAUCAGAGUCACUACAGUGUAAAAUCCUGUGCCUCGAUUUGCGGACUUGGCACCGAUAAUUGCGUCAUGGUGCCUUCGGACGAACAUGGAAGAAUGAUCACCAGGGAGUUAGAAAGACUGGUCAUUGAACGGAAGAACAAAGGUCAUAUUCCAUUUUUUGUUAGCGUCACCUCGGGUACAACAGUUCUAGGUGCUUUCGAUCCUAUUAAUGAAACCGCUGAUAUUUGUGAGAAAUAUGGCAUGUGGCUCCACGUUGACGCUGCUUGGGGAGGAAGCCUGCUACUUUCCAAGAAAUACAGACAUCCAAGACUCAGCGGAAUUGAAAGGGCUCAAUCUGUUACCUGGAACCCGCAUAAGCUCAUGGGAGCCCUCUUGCAAUGUAGUACCAUUCACUUUAAAGAAAAUGGUUUAUUGAUGAGCUGCAAUCAAAUGUCCGCAGAUUACUUAUUCAUGCAGGAUAAGCUCUACGACAUUAAAUACGAUACCGGUGACAAAGUGAUUCAAUGCGGACGACACAACGAUAUUUUCAAGUUAUGGUUGCAGUGGAGAGCUAAGGGAGAUGACGGAUUCGAAAAGCACAUGGAUCGCCUGAUGGAACUCUCGGAGUAUUUGGUGCGAAGGAUCAAAGAGCAGCCUGAUAAAUUCUACUUGAUAAUGGAACCGGAAAUGGUCAACGUCAGCUUUUGGUACAUCCCGACCAGAUUGCGAAAUAUGCCGCAUAACAAACAUAGAGAACAAGAAUUGGGAAAGAUGUGUCCCAUAUUGAAAGGACGCAUGAUGCAAGCCGGUACUUUAAUGGUGGGAUACCAGCCUGACGACAGACGUCCGAAUUUCUUCAGAAAUAUCAUUUCAUCGGCUGCCGUUACCGAAAAAGACGUCGAUUUUCUAUUAAACGAGAUGGACCGACUCGGGCACGAUCUUUAAAUCAUUCAUAUUUAAUAUUAAGAAAAAAAAAAUGUUCAAGCCAAUGAAGAGUAUUCAUUCCUUAUAUGUAUUAAUAUAACAUAUGGGGUGUACCUAAAACUUCUUCGAGACAAGCUAUGUACAAGGUGAUUCAAAAGUGAGCGUGUAGUAGUUUUGAAUCACCCUGUAUAUAACAGAAAAUCUUCCUAAAUUAAUAACUGUUGUGAUUUUCAAAAAAAAAAUAAGUGUGUUGUUAAUGCAGAACAUAUUAUUAUGUACGUGAGUAGAAUAGAGUCGAUUUUCUAACAAAUUGUUAUCCUUUAUAUAAUGCUUUAUUUUAAUGUUGAUUUUAUUAUAUUAUAUUGUUGAUAAAUUAAAUGUUUCACCAAAUAUUCUCAAAAAAAAAAGAAAAAAGUUUAGGAUUAAUUUUAUGUCAAUAUUGUAAUGUCAAUAUACUAGAAAAUUCGAGUAUAGUCAAUUGAAAAUUUAUUAAAAAUAGGAUAUAAGUCUUAUAUAUCAUGCAGCAACCAAUAGUAUCAUAUAUAAAAACAUAUCAAUGUAUAGUUGUUAAGUAUAUUAAUGAAAAUUUGGUGAAAUCUGCCAUUUUCUUCCAAAUUAUUUAUGUCCAAAUAUGUGUGUAUUCGAGACUAUAUAUGUGUAGCUGACGCAAUAAUAUUGUAUUAUAUAAACUUCUUUAUUUAUAACUUUACUGCUGUUAUAAAAUUUAUAUAUUUAUCCUUGUUAUUGCUUAUUUGAACAUUUAUUUGCCGAAAUGUAUAUACACUCUGGGGCGUCGAGAUGCUCAAAAGCUUAUAUACUAGAAUAGGCAAACAUUAUUGCACUCUACAUGUAUUAUAACACAAAAUUGCACCUUAUAUUGCACAACUUGUCAUAUUUAGGCGCAACAAAAUCAGUAGUCUUCCAUUAAACAUACCUAAUUUGUGUUUAUUUCAUAUCAGGUUAUUAUAAAUAAUUAUGAUACAAGCUGUUGUAAAUGUUGUAUCCUGUGUUGCUGUUAAAGUGUUACUGUAAAAAUAUUGGCUCUUUAAAAUGUGGCUUGUAAUAGGCAUCGAAAAUCAUUGUAAAAUUUGAAAAAAUAAAUGUAAAAAUGUUAGAAACAAUAAAAAUAAUUAGCAAUUGA